UUUAAUCAAUAAUCACUAGGUCUAAUUUGCAGAGAAGAAAAAUAAAAUAAUGUCAUCGCUUCAAGUACCCUCUGCCAAUCCAAAUGCAGUGAUCAGCCCAAAUUUCUGUGCCCCUCAUCCCAUUCAGCUCUCCAUAAAGAAGAAAGUCUAUUUUUUUGCCGGCCAUGAGUAUGAAGUCGAAGAUGAUACAAAUGGCAGAUUGCUCUUCAAGAUCAAAUGGAUGUCCGGCAAGUUGGUCAUCUUUGAUGCUGCUGGAAACCCAAUCGUUACUCUAGGACCAAAGUUAAGUUCAAACCGUUGCAGAUGGCAUGUGUUUAGGGGAGAAAGCAAAGAAAACAGAGACAUGAUAUUUAGUGCUAGAUUUUCUUCUGUGUUCCAUAUUAUCCCAGACUCAGAUGUGUUCUUACCCAGUAACACAGCGGAAAGGGUUUGUGAUUUCAAAUUGAAGACACCCUUCUCCUCCAAAACAUGGGAUAUUUAUGGACCUUCUUCUUCUUUGAUUGCUCAGAUGAAGAGCAAAAUCUCCGCUGGAAGCAUAUUCUUGGGAAAGAUCCAUUUCAUGGUGACUGUGAAUCCAAAUGUGGACCAUGUCUUCAUUGUUGCACUAAUUCUUAUCCAUUUUGUGAAUAUAAUGAGAAGAAGGGGGAUGUAUUAGUGGGUCUUUCUGAUUAUCUAAUAUCUAUGGCUUGAAACUAUAUUUAGGACCAAACCCAAAUAUUUUGGAUGGCAUAGAGCGUAUUUUAUACACAAAUUUAUAUUUAUGCAAAUAAAAGUGCAACUAUUAUGUUUCAUUUUCAGCCAAAUUAAUAUUUUGUCAUUUUUUUUCUAUUUAAACCUUUGUUUCCAUGUUGUAAUAGUUGAGAAUUUGA